GCACAGCACUGUUUUGUUUUGUUUUUUCAUUUGAGUUGUAAACCGCGGUGGUGGAGAAGGUUUAUUUUUUAUUCAGCCGUAUGAUUUAUAUUCAUUUAUUACUCGAAUACCCCGAUUGAAAAUGAACAAAGAAGAAUUAUAUCAACGUCUGUAUGACUUGUUUUGCUCUGCAUAUCCUACGAAAUCGAAAAAGGAUUUGCAAAUGCAAUGCGCCGAACAUUGGAGAGAAAUCCGGAAAAAAGACAAUUUCAUAGAUCUUUACUCACGCAAGAAGCAAGAGCUAUCCGAUUAAGUGGCCGAAUCAAGGAAUAAAAACAUGCGAUUCUUUACUCAGUCUCCGCAAACCGACUUAAAAACACAGGAGCCAACAACCAGUUCGAUUACCAGCGAAAACGAUAAAACGAAAACAGUUACCCAUCUAUUACCAACCGAGAUGCCACCAAAAGUUGUUCCCGAUUCAUCUUCACCAAUAAGGCAAUCCACGGGUGACGUUUUUUUGCUUGUACGUUUGUUAUUGUUGCUGUUUUUCAAGCUGCAAAAUCAAAACACGACCAAAACCGAAAUCUAAUAAUGUCGGCAAUAAUAUCAAAAGUGAUUUUAUAUUGUAUUUAGGAUUUGCACUCGCGAUACUAGAGCUACCGAUCGGAUAACAUUUGUUUUUCACGCUUCUGGAUCCGGAUUGCAUCCAAGUUGAGACCGAUCGAACGGAUCGAACAUACAUAAAGCUGUCAUAAGUUGAAAACAGACUGAAAUCGGCUGAUCGCAACUGUCUCGUGGAUUGCCUUAUCUGUGCCACUCCGGAACAAGAUUCGCUAAGAAACCAACUGAGUAUCGUUGACGCGGAUAUCGCCAACUUAUUUCUGCGUCAGGAAAAGGGAAUGAUUACUGUAGAACAAGUCACCUAACUGAAAAAUCACAGGAAGGUUGUAUGCAAAGCCACGACCGCAAGCUAGAAUACUUUUACAAGAAAGAUAACUCGGCUGCUUGCGUGUCAGUCAUUUUUUCUAGUAAAUCAACGUUGACCGUUCAUUGGCAGUAUUGUAAUUUCUUUUUGUUUGAUAUUUUGAAUGAAGUUCUAUGAAUAUUUUUAAAUUUUGUGCAAAUGAGAAGUUGAAGUGCUGCCGAAUUGUAAUAUGCACAUUUAAUACGACAUCAUUAAACGGGAACGGAGCAAAGGCUACGGUUAUGCAGAACGCGAAUGACGGCGCGAUGCGAUUCGCCUUACCGUGGUGAAAUGUACAGCUCUUUUUAAGGCGAAGUAGAGCUAUACAUUUCAACACAUUUCGUCUUGCCGAAUCGCAUCGCGCCGUUAUUUGCGUUCUGCAUAACCGUAGCCAAACACUAACCGACGCGCAUGUAGAUGAAGAUAAUUAACUUUGGAUUAUAGCGCAAAACGAGAAAAUAUUAACUCUUCAAAUAUUCAUUUUUGUUCUUCAAAUUUCUGUUGUUCAAUUUAAUAACCGAUGAAAUGUCUGUUUAUUAUCUGAUGAAGUUCUUAUAUAGGCCAAAUGAUUCAUUCCCAAUUUACUAGGUCCAUAACUCUGCCGACCGUGCUUGGGAAAGCAAUCGUAUAACGAACAAUCAGAGGUCGAAUUUUGUGCUUUGACAAGGCUUAAGGAUUUUCAAUAGUAUAAUAGUUCGAAAAAUAAAAUUGCAAUUUCAUGCAACUGGUAGGAAUCUUAGAAGAUUUUCUAAUCGAUUGCUGCAAAAACGAAGGAAAUCCAUCGAAAACUAACCGAUUUAUUAGCAUUUGAAAUUGGACAUAUAUCUCACUUUUUUCAGCUUUAGAUUUUCAUUUCACAUCCCUAUGUAGCCGAACUUCCUGAGAGAAGUAUUCUACUUCAAAAUUUAAAAAAGGAUAAAGCAGAACUUGAAUUCCGGUUGAAGAAGCUUAUUGAUGGUCAACUGCGGCAGCAAACUUUCCGUCAGACUUAGAAACGGAAAAAACUCGACUUAAUUGAAUCCUCCAAAGAAAAAUCUCUGAAACUUAACUACCACAGUAGUCGUGGGAGGCCACGAAACGAGGAUGAAGCUGAUAUAAUGAGUGCAAUCAUUGAUAUCGCUCAAUAUGGCUCUUCGGCACAAGAAAAGCGACAAUAUGAACAGCUCCGAACAGUGAAAACGUUAGACGAAUUGGAUGAAUCUUUAAAGGAACUUAAUUUUACGAUGUCCAGGACGUACGUUUAUUACCGACUAAUGCCAAAACGAUGUGAUUCGAUAGAAGCAAAACGUCAUAUUAAAACCGUGCCAGUCCGGCUGAUCCUGGCCAAGAAUGAUCAUCAUAAGUUCCACCAAGACACACGAUUUUGUGCAUCAACUAUUAAACGUUUAGAUGAAAUCGGGAGCUUUCUUGGACCACAUGAGGCGGCCAGGCUCAGUCAAGACGAUAAAGUUCGAGUUCCCUUGGGUAUAACUGCGGCUACACAUCAAUCACCAAUAUUGAUGCACAUGAAGUACAGAGUGCGACUUCCGGACCAUGACUGGGUUGUUGCUGAAAAGCAUAAACUUAUCCCGUCAGUGUAUGCUUCUCUUCAAAUUCGAGAAAACGGAUUUGGUGACCCCAGCUUUGUAUCUGCUUCAGGACCCACAUACAUAGCCAUACGAUCAGCUAAACAUGCCAAAUCGACUGCUUAUGCUCACGCAUGGGAUUUUGAAAAAUUGUCUACUCUGCACACGUUUGAUUCGACUUUGAAAACUUCAGACGGAACGAUGAAACCUGUUAUUAUAGUGACAGUUGAUGGGAGACCGGACGAGAACCCUCGGUUUGCGAAAUCUAUUGAAGUUGCUAUACAUCAUUUCUGCUCAAAUGACUUGGAUGCUUACUUCGUAGCUACCAACGCACCUGGAAGGUCUGCGUUCAAUCCCGUAGAAAGACGGAUGGCACCACUUAGUCGUGAACUAUCAGGACUGAUUCUUCCCCACAACGCUUACGGCUCUCAUCUGGAUUCACAAGGCGAAACUAUUGACAUGGAACUGGAGAAACGAAACUUUCAAAAAGCUGGCGAGACUCUUGCUGAAGUGUGGAGCAAUGUAAAUAUUGACGGAUUUGAUGUGUCAGCAGAAUAUAUUUUACCGGAACGAUCUGAGAUUCAGAAAUCUGAUAUGAUUCAGAUGGAUGAAUCGUGGAAAGCGAAACACGUACGGACUUCACAGUAUUGCCUGCAAAUUGUCAAAUGUUUUGACAAGGCCUGUUGCAACGCAUUUCGGAGCAAGUAUGGAACAUACUUUCCACACAGAUUUUUGCCACCACCCGUUCCCCUUUGUUACAAUCCUAGCAUCGAUAUUACAGAAGACAGAUCUGCAAGUGCUGGGAAUACUGAAUCUAAUUUGAAGUUUGCUUCACUUUUUCAGAGCCUAGCAUUGUUCGAGAGCAACAAACUAGCAUACGAUACGUUUUGCCCGAGUACAUUGAACAAUUUAGACAAACGUAUUUGCUCGCAUUGUGAUAUUUAUUUUGCAUCUUCAACAUUACUAAAUAGUCAUUGUAAACAUGUUCAUGGAAAACAAUAUCGGACACCCAAAAGGAAACCACGAAAGGUGUUUUCCAAACGUGAGAAUGAGCUCUUAGUCAACUUCGAUAGCGAUGAAGAUUGGGAAGCAGAAUGGCUGCAAGAAGAUAUUCUUGACCUUGAUAACCAUUCGUUCCAGAAUGAAAAUGAAACUGAUGCAGCUGUUGGAAUCCCAGUUAUUAACAUGAGCCAUCAUUUUGAGUGUGCAUGGGAGAAUGUCCGUGAAGAUGAAUAG